GUUUACACAGACGGGAAUACUGCGCCAAAGGAAGUGCGCCGGUUCUCCGUCUGAGCGUCCCGACUUCCUGCUCUGAGGCAGGAGAGAGCAAAGCUUUGGAUCCGCUUUCAGACCGCAGCAGCAGCAUGGAGCCCCAACACCACACACACACUCCGCUCUAAGAGACAGACAGACAGACAGACAGACACAUCAGGCAGGGUAGACGGACAGAGGAGCUGCGUACAUCCACAGUAAGAUCACCUGUCACUGUUGCCACCCCAUCAUGGAGAGUUCAAUCACACUCUGGCAGUUCCUGCUGCAGCUGCUGAUCGACCAAAGCCACAAACAUCUCAUCUGCUGGACGUCAAAUGACGGCGAGUUCAAGCUGCUUAAGUCCGAGGAAGUUGCCAAGCUGUGGGGGCUGCGCAAGAACAAGACCAACAUGAACUAUGACAAGCUGAGCAGAGCUCUGCGCUACUACUAUGACAAAAAUAUCAUCAAGAAGGUGAUUGGACAGAAGUUUGUCUACAAGUUUGUGUCAUUCCCUGAGAUUCUGAAGAUGGACCCUGCAGUGGUGGAGUCUGGUCGCAGCAGUGAGGACAGCGGAGGUGUGAUGUCAGAGCCUGAGGCUGAAGAUGAGGAUGGGGGAGGAAGAAACCAAUACCUCCAAUCAGGCCUGUACUCCUCCUUUUCUGUCAGCUCCCUGCAGCACUCAUCAGAACCGCAGCACCCAAUCAAAAAGGAGCCCAGAUCUGAUCGACAUGACGACAGCUCCUCUGUCAUCCGAUUCAUAACCAACCGAGGUCACUCCUCCCUUCCCCCCACCCCACCCCCAUUCAAUGAGACCUCCUUUUCCUCAAGGCCAUCCCCUCGCCAGGCGCGGUCCUCUUCCUGCUCCUCCUCCCCACCACAAAGCCCCGCCCACAAACUGUGGAGGGAGCGGUGCAUGAGCAUAGACACUGACGAGUUGGAGUACAGUGCUCAACCUCUCAACCUGUCAUCUGGUCAGAGGGAGAGAGUGAGGUCACAGAGCACCACGACGCCAGAGAGAAGGGGAUUGGCGAAUAACUCUCCUCUGAGAUCCAGGAAACCCAAAGGCUUGGAAAUCUCCACCUCCUCUCUCCUCCUGACAGGAAGUGACCUCGUCUCCAUAGCUCUCAACAGCCCAGCGCUGCCUUCAGGGUCCAUGACCCCUGCCUUCCUCACUGCACAGACUCCGUCUGGUCUGCUGCUCACUCCCAGCCAUCUACUCUCCAAUAUGCAUUUCUGGUCCAGCUUGAGUCCAGUGGGGCCCCUGAGUCCUGCCCAUCUGCAGAGCCAUGCCCCCCUCUUUCAGUUCCCCUCACUGAUGAAUGGACACAUCCCUGUUCCUUUCCCGAGCAUGGAUGCUUCCUCUCCUCUGCUGCUUUCCUCACACUCCCACAAGUCCUGAUACCAAAGAGGGAACUGUGCCACCGCAGCACAGACAAGGACCCAGCCAAUCAGCCUUAAACUCUACAGAUGAACUCCACAGGAGUCAGACGUGCUUUCAGUCUGACUGCACUUUUCAAUCUGUUCCUUUGGAGGAAAGAGGAGGAAGACCUGCUCUCUGAGAGGAGUGAUUGCAUUGGACAUUUCAUUGAGUGUUUACAGCAGUUUAACUACUCAUGUUCCUUCUAUCUGUUUGUGGUGCUCUCUUCUUUUCAGGAUGUUGAAGCCUUUUCAUUUCUUUUCAUGCAAAGGCCAAAUGUAUCAUCUCAUUUUAUAUCUCAUCUCAGUCCAGCUGGUUCUCACUUCAGUGAUGCAGGCUGGUUAUAGUUUCAGAAAUGUUAUUCUGUCUUUUCCUCCCUGCGCUUUAAGUAUUAGAGUUUACACAGCUGGCUAGAACAAUGGAGAUUUGGGAAAAUGUAGUCACUUAGUGUGAAACAACGAUUGACACUUCACUUCAUAAAGUCAAAUACAGCUUCUUCAAGUUGAACAAUUCACCAUGCUAUGCUCAAAUUCAAGGAUUUACACUAUUCUGAUCUAGAGUUAGCCUUAGAUGAGAAUGUUGAUACCUCGCCCUUGUUUGUUUGUUUGUUUGUUUGUUUGUUUGUUUGUUUGCCCAUGCAGACAGGAGAUUAGCUCAUGAUUAGCACACUGACUAGUAUCAGGUGAUAGCUCGCUAUGCAUCGUCAAUGUUGACAAACUACUAACAUGUAGUGGGUCACUUUUUUAAAUUAGUGUAUGACAGCAAACAUGUAAAGACAAGAGACUGUUCACUAACUUUGACAACACAAAUCAAGAAGGUUUAUUCACCCAGUCAACAAAUCAUUUGGCCCAUCUGUCGUGGUAGCUCGCUGUUCUACACGAGUCCGGCUUCGCUCAAGGUUUCUGCCUGUUAGCAGAAAGUUUCUCCCUGUUACUGUUACAUGGCGAACAAGGCCAAGUGUUUGCUUGUGGUGGUUUUAAGUUGAAUCUCUGUAAAGAAUAUAACACAGAGUAUGAUCUAGACCUGCUCUUUUUUAAUUUCAUGACAUUACAUUUGUUAUGGAUCAGCGCUAGAGUUUCCACCCGUCCAGAAUUGUUCUCUUUUUUCACCAGCUGUCCUGGGAAAAUAAAAAUCUCUCCUGGGACACAAUUUGUCCCAUUUUUUGGGGAAAUGCAAAAACCUCAUUUGAUUUCCUUCGUCCUGUAGUCUAGAAAGGUCCCCCGUGCUUCUGCGGCUAUUUAAAAUUGUCUCUGUUUUCUUCCCGUCUAUGCGUACGUCACACGCACGCCCUAGUGCUCAAAGCGGCUCAAGCAGGGAUGGAAACUUGACCGAAGAGAGACAGAAAGCUGAAUUGACCGAAGUACUCCACGCUGAGGUCUUCUUUUCACCAACUUUUGGCAUCUCCAUUUGAAAUGGGAGGAGAGACGACUGACGAGGAAGGAGAUGGAGCAAAUACAUGCAAGCCACCAGCACGGAAAAAAAACAUAUACUAGUUACAAUCCUGACUGGGCCACACUGUCAGAGUGUGAAUGGGUACGGCCGACCCAGGGAGACUAUUUUUCCUCCACAUGCGUUUUGUGUCCGGCGAAAAUCUCCAUAAAAUAUGCAUUGGAAAUCCACUCAAAAACAAACAAGCAUCAAGCUGUGGAAUCAAACAAACAAAAACAGGCAGCCAUUGAACUUUUAUAACCAAAAAAGGUUCACCAGAAGAAGACAAGAUUGCAGCGGCAGAGCUUACCAGUGUCCUAUGUCCCAAUUUGAUGUUCAAUUGGUCAGUCUGAACUGGUAAUAGUGGCCGAGCCCUCCGCCCCAAACAUUUGGUCCAAUGUUCCUUUUUUUCCACAAAUCCAAGGUGGACACCCUACUCGGCGCUAAACAAAUGAAAUCGAAUGAAAUCUGUGAAAACACAGUUUUGUAUUGCUACAUUUUUUUGUUCAGACAAAACAAAAACACAACAAUAUCUGUGUCUCUGGUAACUCAUGGAGAUGGCAGAUUUUGGUGCUAGCUGUUAUGCUAGCUGUUUCCACUCUUCAUGCUAUGACAUCUGUACCGUCUGUUUGCUGUAUUUGUGUAAUCAUCUGACAAACAGGAGUGUGGUGUCAAUCUUCUCAUCUGAUUUAGGCAAAAUCUCCACAAGUGUUAAGACUUAGCUUUAAAUUAAACAUCUGAUACGAUCAGAACUGUGUGUAAUAUCAAAGGCAGGUGGUGUAUGCUGUCUUUAUUACCCUAAAAAUGACCAAAAUGCCAAAAACCUGGAGUGUCACAACAUUCAACUAACGGCUACAUCUCGACUGUAAUCUUUCAACCCUCAAACUUGACGUACCAUUUCUCCAGAUCAUCAUUGUUCGAGUGAAGUGUGUCCUCUUUCCUGUUUGUCAUUGACUCCUAGCAGAGCACCUGCUAGCAAGUGCACCAGAAACGCUGUGGAAGUCUCUAAUUUGUUCUAAUGCUUGGACUCGAUGCUGUGAACCUUUUAUUUUGAACUCUGUGUAGCUUCAUGCUUUUUUAUGCACUGUACCUUUAAGGCUCGUAUUCUACCAGCAGUGCCUUUGAUAGUGUAGACUUCUGUAAAUGUGCUCAGCUUUAAACCAUGUUUAAUAGACAUUCCAGGUCAAGACUGCACAAAAGCAUUGUUGUUGUUUUUUGUAAAAUAGCUCCUGGUUAUUUUUAUAGAGAGAUGGAUGAGAAUAUAUUCUCUGUGGUUUGCUUGUGUUUGGGUCGUAUGUUGAGAGAAUUGUUUCUGAUUUUUUGGAAUAAAAUGACUUUCUUUAGA